GGGGCCAGAGGCGUGGGCCGCCCGCCGCAAGGGCCGGGCCGGGCGCCUCGCGGCACGUGGUGGAGGCAGCGCCCAUGUGACCGCCCUCCUCGCCCGGCCGAGUCCCCGCCCGUCGCCCCGGCACAGCGCUCCCCGCGCUCGCUCCGCCAGCACCGCACGCAGCCGCCGCAGGGACCCCCGGCUGCACCAUGGCUUCUGGAGUGACAGUGAAUGAUGAAGUCAUAAAGGUUUUUAAUGACAUGAAAGUGAGGAAAUCAUCAACCCCAGAAGAGAUCAAAAAAAGAAAGAAAGCCGUUCUCUUCUGCUUAAGUGAUGACAAGAAACAAAUCAUUGUGGAGGAAUCAAAGCAGAUAUUGGUUGGCGAUAUUGGAGAUACCGUGGAGGACCCCUAUACAUCCUUUGUCAAGUUACUACCUUUGAAUGAUUGCCGAUAUGCUUUGUAUGAUGCCACGUACGAGACAAAGGAGUCUAAGAAAGAAGAUCUGGUAUUUAUAUUCUGGGCUCCUGAAAGUGCACCUUUAAAAAGCAAGAUGAUCUACGCAAGCUCUAAAGAUGCCAUUAAAAAGAAAUUUACAGGCAUUAAACACGAGUGGCAAGUAAAUGGUUUGGAUGAUAUUAAGGACCGUUCAACGCUUGGAGAGAAACUGGGAGGCAAUGUGGUAGUUUCACUUGAAGGAAAACCCUUAUAAAAAGACAGACAAGUGCCAUCUGGAUCCUAAGGAGCUUCCAUUUCUGCAGCUCAUUCAAUUGGAAUAGCAUUAGUCUCCCUUACCCCAGUCCCCUCCCUCUGCCAACUUCCCCUCCCUACACAUCUGAAGAAGAUGUUAUUAAGUUAAGCAGUCUACCAGUGAUUGCCAUUAGACUGUUUAAUCCUGGUAGUUUUAUGUAGAACCCAAGGAAUGCUUUCACGUCAUACUCUUAGCCAAAACUGACGUUGCAUGCAUUCCUUGAAACAUGUACAAUGAAUGUGAUAGUUAAUGUGAAUAGUCUAGCAGACAGCAAAGGGUAAGCUAAUUGAAUGCCUUGAAAGUAUUGUCCACUGGUCGGAUGGUAGACUCUAUUCAGUAUUACUUACAGUUGCACUUGAUUGCAGUUCCAUGAGGCUCUUGUGCAUUCAUACACCUCACCUGCCUUGACAAGCCUAUUUUUGUGACAUGGCAGCACACAACACUAUGCAUUUAAAGCACUUUUUUGUAAUAUGUUUUACCCUCCCCCCCUCAAAGGAAUGCCAAUUAAGUUGCUGUAACUGUGUCAUCAAACUAUUGUAGUACCUCAGUUUUCAUUCCUGUUACAUGCAUAUCUUUAUAAAUGAAGUAGCUGUUACGAUGCCUUUUUGUUUUCCAUUGAAUGUACACUACUGAACAGGAGUAGAGGUUAUCUGUUUACCAUGUGAGUCUUGGAACACUAAAGUUGUUUUGUAAAACAUCAUUCAUGAUGGCAAUUUCUGUAUUAAAAAGAGCCUUAAAUGGAACACUGUUUUUGAGAUCAAAAAAAACACACAACCCAGCUGGCCACGUUGCAAUAAAACUUGUGGCUUAUUACAGAACGUUGCCUUGUUUUCAUUGGAAAAUAUAGUUUUUAAGUAUGUUUAAAGUAAGCAUAUUUUGAAUAACUUAACUUCUGUGGGAAGUAUUGUAAAGGUAAACAAUUGUUAAUCUUGGCUUAAAUAACAGACUUUUUUUUUUUUUUUGGUCCUAGCCAUGAUUUAGGCACUGCUUUACAAUACUUUUAAGACUGUUCUGUUGAAUGGAUAGAGAACCUAGUCACAGAUCAUAUCUUUUAACGAAACAAGUUACCAUUUAUUAGGGAGCAUUAGAUACAAACUCAUCUGAAAUGUGCAAAAUAUGUACCCACCAACCAUGUAGUGCACUUAUUUGAAGACUCUUAAAGUUCUAUAAGUCAGAGGAAAAUGCUUUAAUACAGUUUUACAGCUCUUUCUUUGUUGUAUAGUAAUAGGGAGAAAAUAUCAUAGGGUAUUUAAAUUACAGGUUAUGAAUUGUUAAAUAUUCACUGCAUCUACAAAAGCUGCCAUUUAAUACUAACUUGGUACAAGAAAUAUUUUAAUGAACUGUUUCAUUUAGUAAUUCUGUGUAAAUAGAACUGGAAAGUGUUUGCCACUACUAAGUCUUGCAUCAGGGACAUGAUUUGGCUAAAAGCCAAACACAGCUCUCCUUAUAGAGAAUUUGAUCUGCUCUGUGUGAGCAAUCCUUCGUUAGCCAGAGCUAUUUAUGGCAAACACAUGCUUUUGUAUCUUGUCAUCGUUAUCCACAAAUGGCAAAACUGGACAUGAUUCUGCUGGUAUGCAUAAAGGAACUCUGUUAGGCAGCCAAUCACAGCUGAAAUGUACAUGCUGCUAGAAGGAAUGCUUUUAACAUUACCUUAUUUUAAAAAGUUGGUAGAGUAGAGCUAAUGAAGUUUUAAAUGUUGGUACUUUUAGCCUUGAGCCCUUCCUCAGAAGUGAAGCAGAUGAUGACAGGUUUUUUUAUAUAAAUCAAAAGACCUAGUAAAAUUGUAGUUAGACUCUCUUGUCCCUAUGGAGCUUUUAAAUACUUUAUUUUAGACUUUCAGCUGUCCCUAUGUCUUACACACUUCACUUUGAUAUGUAUUUUAUGUAGAUGAAAGGCUAUACAACUAAUAAGGCACGAUGCACACUCACUUACAGUACUAAAUGUAUAAGGAGUCCUGACCAUGUAUUUCAAACCUUUCCUUUCCAGUUUCUUUCACUAAGUUUGAGAAAUAACUGAUGAUAUGUGUCAGAGUUAUCGAUAAGCUAUUUUGAUUCCUCAAGAUAAUUUCCUUAUUUCCAGUUAUGUUGUGUCCAGAGCUUGGUUAAUGUGGGGGUCUAAUUUGUGCUCAAUGCUCUCUUUUCAUUUGAGGUCACUAUAGUACAGUCUAAUCCACUAAAAUCGUAGUCUUUAAACUAUUGAUCAUACGUGCAACUUCAACUUCAUUUUAAAGGAUUUUGGCUUUGUCUAAUUAAGGUGUUAAAUUUUAAUAAACCAUUAAAAUCCCAUUUAGGUGGUCAGCAUUCUAAAGAUGUUCUCUGUUGAAAUUUAAUAUUGUCCUCCACUGCAAAUAGCUUUGGAAGGAUGUCUGUGGUUUCUUAAUUGAAUAUUAGAGGUUACACUUUUUUAAAGCUAGUUUAAGUGUGUAUUCAGUCAAAUCCACAUGAAUGAAUAUAAAAUCUAAGCUCAAAAUUUAUUUUAUGUUGGGUCCAGAGCUGAGACCUGGAUCUAAAAUAACUUUUGGAUCUAAGAUUUCUAGUCUGCCUUCAAUCUGUGUUUGAAACAGUACUGAUUAGUGUGAGGUCCAGUUUGCUAAAACAUAGCUUGCUUUUAAAAACAGUGCUACAGAUCUGUUGCUGUUUGAAUUAUAAAACAAAUGAGAGGCAGCUGGCAUCUGUUCCAAAAUGGCCUGUCAGCUGUUGUUUUCUGUCAUGCAAAAUGAUGAGGGCCUCAUUGUGAUCUAGAAGUAAAGGAAAAGCCUCUCAAGUCGAAUAUCUUCUUUGUAUCUCUGUUGUCGAUGUGACAUUUGGGUAUCUUGUCUUCAGUUAUUUAAUUGAUAAAGAAGUGUAAAAUAAAAGUUUUCACGAGA